GAACGAAAAGCCAAUGGACGACUUGUGGCCGUAAUUGUUGCCUUUCUAGUGAUCUUCAUGGCUGUGUAUCAUGCCUGGAUACGGAAGACAGCUGCUCUGGCUGGGAUGCUGGUGCCCGCUGGCAUUAUGCUGUCCUACGGCGCCUGGGUGGUGGUCCUGGCCAAGCGCGAUAAGCACAGGCGCGCCAUGUUUGAGCGGCAUAUUGAGGAGGUGGCUCUGAAGAACAAAUGCGAGCUGGAGCAGAAGCAUUCCCGAACGAAGCAGGCCAAGUCAGGCAAUCACAGCGACAGCGGCAGCAGCACUCCCUCUUGCAGUCUGCAGUAUUCCAAUGAACUAACAGUGGGCGGCAAGCAUCGAAACAGGCAACGGCGUCACAGACAGCGACAGCGCGAAUGCGAAGUGAACCUGACGGAAUUGGGGCUGUCGGCCGACGUCAAGGUGCACCGAAUAGAGGCCAAAAGGCCAAGCCUUAGGCAAAAGCUCUUCGGCCAAACAAUCGCUCAUGUGAAGCUAUUGGAGGUGCAGUGCGACAAAGCGGACAUGACGAAGAUAGCGGAUUCGAAAUCGUCCACAGCCCCUAAGUUGGGUGGGAAAAAGGACAAUGAGCCAACAUCUUGACACAGUGGCAAGUGCCACAAGUGAAACGCAUAGUCUCAACACCGCAAGGGCUGACGCUGAAAUGAACUAGCAGAAAGCGUCAUUCUGGAUUUGCCAAUUUUAAGAUUUACCAACGUCGCGACGUCAACUGAAUAUUUGUACUGAUCAAAUAAAAACAUUAAGUUCGUUUGGCAAUGAGA